CUGAGUAAACAAACAAACAACUCAAUCUGCUUCUCUUGCAGCUCGUCGAUCUGUAAGAGAGAGAAAUAGUAGGCAUGGAGUUUGAUGGGUUUUAUUUGUUAGGUUGGGUUGGUGUGAUUGGUUUCGUUUUGAUACGCUUAUAUUAUGGAUUGGUAUUGAAACCAGAGAGACUUGGAGCAAAGAUGAGAAAACAGGGCAUCAUCGGUCCACCACCAACUUUGCUUCUUGGAAAUAUUAGGGAGCUCAAGAAAUCUCAAUCCAUUCUUCUUAAUACUUCAUCAUCCAUCUCCCACAACAUUGCUCCUGUUAUCUUUCCCUUUUUUGAGCAAUGGAUUAAGCAAUAUGGUAAAGUGUUUAUGUUUUCAUUGGGAAACAUAAACAUAUUAUGUGUUGCCGAAGGUGAUGUAGUGAAAGAGAUAAGCACUUGCACAUCUUUAGAUUUGGGGAAGCCUUCAUAUCAGCAGAAGGAGCGUGGUCCUCUUCUUGGUAAGGGCAUUUUAACUUCAAGUGGACAUGUAUGGCUUCAUCAAAGAAAACUCCUUGCUCCUCAUUUAUAUAUGGACAAGGUUAAGGGGAUGAUGAAUCUAAUUUCUGACUCAACCAUCAAUCUAUUAAACUCAUGGAAAACCAUUAUUGAGACAGAGGGAGGAAUAGCCGACAUUAAAAUUGACGAUUACGUGAGAAAUUUCUCUAAAGAUGUUAUCUCAAGAGCUUGUUUUGGAAGUUAUUAUUCCAGAGGAGAUGAAAUUUUUCAGAAAUUGAGAUCUCUUCAGGAGAAUAUGUCCAGGAAAAGUCUAUCCAAAGGGGUUCCAGGCAUGAGGCAUCUUCCCACAAAGAGUAACAGAGAUGCAUGGGCAUUAGAGAAGGAAAUCCGCAAUUUAAUUCUGCAGGUAACGAAGGAGAGGGAGGUGGAAAGUACAAAUCAUGAACGGCAAGACCUAUUAAAGAUAAUUACUGAAGGUGCUAAAAAUAUGAAACUCGGCCAAGAGGCAAGUCGCCAAUUUAUAGUUGAUAACUGCAAGAAUAUAUACAUGGCUGGGUACGAGACUACAGCAGUUUCUGCCACAUGGUGUCUCAUGCUUUUAGCCUUACAUCAAGAAUGGCAAGAUCGUGUCCGUGCAGAAGUUCUUCAAGUUUGUGAGGGUCGAAUUCCAGAUUCUGAUAUGCUUCGUAAGAUGAAGCAGCUUAACAUGGUAAUUCAUGAAGCACUGCGUCUAUAUCCUCCGGUGGUGGUAGUGUCAAGAGAAGCCUUAAAAGACAUGAGAUUUGGAAACAUUGAUAUUCCCAAAGGUAUAAACAUUUGGACACUGGUGUUGACAUUGCAUACAGAUCCUGAAAUAUGGGGAGCAGAUGCCUACGAAUUUAAACCAGAUAGAUUUGUUAAUGGGAUAACAGGUGCUUGCAAGCUUCCACACGUAUAUAUGCCAUUUGGGGUUGGGCCUCGAGUGUGUCUUGGACAGAACUUGGCCAUAGUUGAACUUAAAAUGCUAGUAGCUCUCAUUUUGUCCAACUUCUCUUUCUCUAUUUCUCCUAAAUACACACACUCGCCUGCUAUUAGGUUGGUUAUAGGGCCACAACAUGGACUUCAUCUCUUGGUGAGGAACUUGUGAAAAAAAUGUAUAACGCCAAUGUUCUCAUCUCAAGUGUUAUGUACUAUAUACGAGUGUGUUGUAGUAUUUACUCUUUGAGUUGUAAUAUAUUUAAUCUAGUUGUAGUUUUAUUUGGUAUUA